CUACCAGAUUUGUUUUCGUUUUCCGUUUGCUCAUGCUGUUGAUGUGUUUAUCGAGAAGCGGAUAUAAAACAUGGAACUACAGUUAACAUUUGAAAUUUAAAUCUCAAUUCCCUUCUUUCGUUAUGAAAAAUGACGGAAGAAUUUGGCACUCCGACAAGAAUACCUCGGCAAGAAAUACCGCCAUGUACCCUAGGGGACUUAAAUUUCGACAUUGAGGAGUUAGAUGAUAAAGAAUUUGAUUUACCUGUCAUUGACACGCCUCCAACGCUAGAAAGUAUAUUAAAUGAAGUGGAUGAUGUAUCGUUAAGCGAUGAAGAGUUUUCCCACCAACUUGGAUAUUUUCAGGAAGCCUCUGAAACAACGUCCAUUGACAGCAUUGAAUCGCAUACAAGAAGGGAAAGGAAGUUUUCUCUUCAGAAAGAGAAAAAAAGCCCACUGUUCAGAAAGCAUGGCUCCAUACUUCGCCACAUCACUCUCAGUGGAGUUUCUGCUCAGUUACAGUCUGCAGCGGACAGGGUCAACGCAGGAAAGCCUACCGCAAUGGCCGUGUCGUCGGUCAUAGCUGUCGGGACGUUUCAUGGAAUUACGCUUAUAUUUGAUCCGCAGCAAGUACUGAAGUGGUGCUUGGGAUCCAUCGAAUAUGGAGAAAAAUACGGCUCGGUUUCGGCCCUGGCCUUCAACUCCGAUUGCAGUCGUCUGCUGGUCGGAUACAGUAGAGGGGAGAUCACCAUGUGGGAUUUGCAUAAAGGGAAAUUGAUUCGAACCAUAUCCGAUGCACAUCCUUCGCAAAAUGCAGUUUUGCAUUUAAAAUUUACAGAUGAUCCCACACUCGCUCUGUGCAGCGAUAGCGGAGGAUCUGUUUUUGAAUUGAACUUCAAGCGAGUGAUGGCUACCAGAACGUGCGAAACAAGAUGUAUUUUUUCUGGGAGUCGAGGAGAGGUGUGUGCCGUGGAACCCCUGAGAAUGACCCCCCACUUUCGUAAUCACCCCAGCCAGGAAGUGUGUCUCGUAGCUCUAGGGACCGUCACCAAAAUAAUUGCAGUUACUGUGAGGCCCUCUCUGCGUGUUUGGUUCUCUCAUGCAUUAAGAGCAAAUCCUGAUACAUUACCUGUUUUAAGCUGGCAGUUUGUUGUGAUACAAGUGGCUUCAUCUACUAGAGUGAUUGAUCCAGUGUUAGCGUUUGGGAGGCAGAGUACAGUUUAUUUUUUCCAGGUCAGUUUUGGAUCAGCUGACAAAAUCAUUUUUACCCCUCUGCAAAAAAUAGAACUCCCAUACGUGUUUCAAAAUUUUGCUUGGUUGAAUUCUAGAACUUUGGUUACUCUCGAUGUCUCAGAACACCUUCAUGUUAUUGAUGUGAAAUCUGAAGAAGAACUUGAAGUUCUAGAUCUAGCUGACGUGCAGUUGGUCUAUGGAACAACUCAUUUCAAAGGACUUGCCACAGGCGGCAAUGUUAGCAAAGCGAUGGCUGUUGCAGGCGAAAGGGCUUGCUAUUAUUCUAUGUCUGCUUUUGGUAGCCAGCUUUUGUUGCUUGGAACAAAAAGUAUCCACGUCAUGACCAUGAGGACUUGGAAUGAGCGGAUUGAUUUCCUGGUCAAGCAGAAAAUGUUUUCCGAAGCCCUGACUCUAGCGCUUUCUUUUUAUGAAGAACAAGCUAAAGCCGUUUCAGGUCUUAUAGGUAAAAAGUCCCAGCGAAAGGAUUUAGUAGCCAUGAAAAUUGAAGACAUAUUGCGUGUUUAUAUCGAUCAAAUCAUGACUCAGCUUUGCCCGGAGAGGGGGCGGAUCGAGCUAUUGGUGCACCACUACCAAGAGAAGGUUCCCGUCUGUGUGGAUUACUGCAUUGCCAUCAAUAGAAAGGAUUUCCUGUUCGGGAAAAUGUACGAGAGCUUUCGAGCCGAUCCUCUUGCCCACGGCGUGUUCUUGGAAAGUCUUGAACCUUACAUCUUGGACGGACGCCUGAAAUCCAUGACGCCGCAGAUCGUCAAAGAUUUCGUCGACCACUUGGCCGAGAGGAAGAGGUUCGAAACGUUGGAAGCUUGUAUCGUGAGGAUGGAUGUUGCAAGCUUGGAUAUACAUCAGGUCAUGACGUUGUGUCGGAACGAAAAGCUGUACGAUGCUAUAAUUUAUGUUUAUAAUCACGCCAUGAAUGACUAUGUAAACCCACUUGAGGACCUAAUCCAUCUGCUUCAACAAGCCGUAAAAAGAGGCAAACAGUUCACGGACGACCAAAUUAGACUUGGAAAUAAAUUGCUGGUCUAUGUGAGUUGCUGCUUGGCUGGAAGAGCGUAUCCAUGGGGAGACAUUGAUAAAGAUUUAGUUUCCGAUGUCAAGUCCAAGGUGUUUAAUUGUGUCACGAGCUUGCACGGGAAAAGUAAAGAAGAUACUGAAAUCUAUCCAUAUCUGAAAACCUUUCUGCAUUUUGAUACUCGGGAAUUUUUAAAUGUUUUGGCUUUGGCUUUUGAAGAACCUGAAUUUUCUACUGAAGUUGGGAUAGCUCAGAAACAAAGAGUCGUAGAUAUUUUGUUGAAGAUAAUGGUUCAAGAUGAAGGUUUUGUGCCGACCGAAAUCGGAGCCUUGUUCACGUUUUUGGCGAGACAGAUGGCCAAGCAGGAAAACAGCAUCAUGGUCAACAGACUUCUCUUUGAACAAGUGCUGGAACACUUGACGAAUCCCGGUGAUGAUACCCGUUUGGAAGAGAGACAGCAGGCCCUGAUGGAACUGUUACAAGCAGGUGGUCUUGCUCAAGUCAACGAAGACAGGGUUUUGGUUCUGGCCGAGAAGGCUAAAUUUUAUCGGGUUUGUGAACACUUGUACGAGAAACGACAACAGUACGAUAAAAUUCUUGAGUGCUACCUUCAAGAUCCUUCUAGAAAACUUCAAUCUUUCUACUUCAUUGAAAAAGUGUUGAACCACCCUAAACGUUCAGUCCAAGAGAAGAAAUUGCUUGAAGAAAAGAUUAUCGCAAGUUUUGAGCAACUGGUUGAUAUCGAUAACAAACAAAUUUCUCAAAUUCUGCUGGAAUUCUUCCCACAUCAGUUGCUGCACGUUGUUAAGUUAUUAAAGGAUGCUCCUCAGAUUUUGUAUCAGUUUCUCCAAGGAUUAUUUAGCAAUAAAGACAUCAACUCAUCGAGCGUCAACAACAAAGAUGCCCCCAUGAUCCAUCCCGAGGUCAUCGAAACCUACAUCGAGCUGAUGUGCCAAAACGAUUUGAAUCUCGUUCACAAUUAUCUGCGCUGUGCCGACGGCUACAGGCUCGAAGAAACUUUGGAGAUUUGUAGGAAAUAUAAUGCAAUGGAGGCCACAGCGUUUUUGUUGGAGAGAGCUGGAGAUAUACAUGGAGCAUUCAACAUAAUGUUGGAAGGUUUGAAAUUCAAAAUCCGGGAAGUGACGGAAGAAAUAUUUCGCCUGCACGAGGACCUCAACUUGGAAUAUUCCGUCUUCUGGAAUGAGCUCCAGUCUCGGCUCUUGGUCAUCAUUCAGCUGUGUCAGAGGAACUCCAAUAAGAUGGACCAGGAUGAGAGAGAACAAACUGUGGUUUCCUCUGCUUGAAGCAAUGAUGGCACCUCAAAGGCAACUUAGAGGAAGAGUAGACACUAAAUUUUUAAAUG